GGAAUCUGAACUCUCUCUCAAAGCAAGGAUGACUUUGUUGGUAAGGAUCCGGAGGAGUUUCCGCCAGGUAUCUCCUCAGCUGGUGCUGUUCCUGCUGUUUGCCUUCUGCCUGCUCAGUGUUUUUAUCUCAGCAUAUUAUUUAUAUGGGUGGAAGAGGGGACUGGAGCCCUCUGGGGACAUCCCCAGCCCAGACUGUGAUGAACCGAAGAUUGCUCCGUCACGCUUGCUUCCACUAAAGCCCAUCAAAGUGGUAGAUUCUUCUCGUACGGAUCCUUUGGUUCUAGUGUUUGUGGAAAGCCUUUACUCUCAGCUGGGCCAGGAGAUUGUGGCCAUCUUGGAAUCCAGCCGUUUCAAAUACCUGACAGAGAUCGCUCCUGGGAAGGGGGACAUGCCCACGCUGACAGACAAGGACCGAGGGCGCUUUGCACUGAUCAUCUAUGAGAACAUUCUGAAGUACGUGAAUCUGGAUGCUUGGAACCGUGAGCUCCUGGACAAGUACUGCGUAGAGUAUGGUGUUGGAAUCAUUGGCUUUUUCAAGGGUCAGAACAGCUUAGCUAGGAUGGAGCUAGAGGAGCAUGUGAGAAUUCUAAAAAUGACCAAGCAACAGCUUCAGGAGGAAUGCCAGAAGCAGAAUAUAUCCUGUGAGAACAAGUCUGUAGAUGAGAUGAAGGCUCUCCUGCUAAGUAAGUUGAUGGCAGCAGGGGCAGCUUCAGCUCUCACUACCCAAACAAGCCCCAGCCCAAACGAUGCAGUCCGGAUCCAGGAGUUAGAACUGGAAAAGUUGAGGCUGCAGGCAGAGAAAGAGAUAGAACUCCAGAGGCUGAGAAUCCAGGAGGAGCAACGCAAAGAGGUGCAAAGACAGGAAGACAGAGAAGCCCGCAGGAGAGAGCGCGAGUGGGAGGAAAAGAUGCUGGAGAGAAAGGAGAAGAUGCAGCAGGAACAGAGGAAGCAUGACCUCGAGAUGUUGCUGCAAGCUGAUCUGGUGUCAGAGUCUGAUAUUCUGCCCAACACAUCAUUUCAAAUCCAGGGGAUUGGUGGGAGCCCCCUGACUGUUCCUGUGGCACGGAUGCCUGUGGAAUGGAGAGGGUUGGUGGGCCUCACGAAAAUGGGGGUUAUGAAGGACCAGCCCUACCCUGUGUUGAUUGGCCGGGACCUUCUGGGAGGCCAGUACUCAGUAAAUGUGGUGCAGCAGGAAGCUGAGGGUUUCGAGGAGGCAGAACUAGAGGGCGCUGAGGCUGGCUUUGGCUCAGAGGAGCAGAUAGCGGAAUGUUUGGGUGCACCAGAAGGGUUUCUGAAAGAGGUUCAGUGUGAUCCUAGUCUGGAACAACUUCGCCAAGUGGCUAUAGAUCAAGAGGUGGAAUUCUCUGAGGCCCUGUCUGAGCAAGUUGUCUGGAAGCAGGGAAGAGAACGGCUUAAAGAUAUGAUGAGUGUUGUUCAGGAGAACCUAGCCAAGGCCCAAGCCACACAGAGCAGUUGGUAUGAUAAGACAGCAAGGUCUCGUACUUUUGAGUUAGGGGACAAAGUGAUGGUUUUUCUGCCUCUUCGCUCAGACAAGCUGAAGGCGGCAUGGGAAGGACCGCAUGUGAUUGUGGAUAGGCUGGAUGAUGUUACUUAUGCAGUGGCAUUGGAAAGGUCUGGGGAAAAGACCAAGGUUGUACAUGUUAAUAUGCUGAAGCCAUAUCUUGAGAGGAGGAUGGUGUUGAAUGUGACUAGGAGAGAGGAGGGAGACGAGGAACCAGAUGACACCUUAGUGGAUGUUUUGGCCCACUUCUCUGAAUCUGCUCAGUGGGAGGAGCUGGUGUGGCCUGCAAGUGUACCGGUAAUAGACAAGGAAAGAAUCCUGUCAGUGUUGCACAGGUUUGAGGAUGUUUUUAGGAAAGAACCAGGGAGGACGACCUUGGCUAAGCAUGGAAUAGAUACAGGGACCCAUGGACCUAUCCAGUGCCCCCCUUACCGGGUGAAUGGGCGAGUGCUGGCAGAUGUCCGGAGGGAGGUAGAAGAGAUAUUGGGACUGGGAGUGACCCCUCGGGAGAAAAACUUGUCUUCAGUGCAAAAAGAAUGUUUGGCAAUUGUAUGGGCACUGGACAAACUGCGACCUUACUUGUGGGGGCAAGAAUUUACCCUCUUGACAGACCAUUCAUCCCUCCAAUGGCUGCAGACUAUGAAGAACUCAAACACUAAGCUGCAGAGGUGGUCAUGGAGGAUUCAGGAAUUCAACAUGAAGAUUGAACACAUUGCUGGACAGGAGCAUGGCAUUCCACUGACAUGGGCUAUGCUGUGGCACCAUCAUUCAGGAGUGUACCCGGUCCCGCGUUACAGCUAUAUGGCGUGGAAGCAGGUGUGGGGGAUGCGGAGUCCGCGAGCACGAAGAGAGCAUGGCAUUCCCACUGACAUGGGCUAUGCUGUGGCACCCCAUCAUUCAGGAGUGUACCCGGUCCACGUGCAGCUAUAUGAAGCGUGGAAGCAGGUGUGGGGGAUCAGAGUCACGAGCACCGAAGAGUAUCCUCACCUCAAGCCAGCCCGCUAUCGACGUGGCUUCAUCCAUAAUGGAAUCAUGGUUCUCCCACGACAGACAUGUGGCUUAUUCACACACACCAUAUUCUACAAUGAAUAUCCUGGUGGCUCCAGUGAACUGGAUAAAAUUAUCAACGGAGGCGAGCUUUUCCUGACUGUGCUACUUAACCCCAUCAGUAUCUUCAUGACUCACCUUUCCAAUUACGGCAAUGACCGCCUGGGUUUGUACACCUUUAGACACCUGGUUCGUUUCCUCAACUCCUGGACUAACUUGAAAUUUCAGACGCUGCCGCCUGUGCAACUGGCACAGAAGUAUUUCCAGAUAUUCUCAGAGGAGAAAGACCCACUAUGGCAGGAUCCUUGUGAGGACAAACGUCACAAGGACAUAUGGUCCAAAGAGAAGACCUGUGAUCGGUUCCCCAAGCUGCUAAUCAUUGGUCCUCAGAAGACAGGUACCACGGCCCUCUAUCUGUUCCUGGGGAUGCAUCCUGACCUGAGCAGUAACUAUCCCAGCUCAGAGACCUUUGAGGAGAUCCAGUUCUUCAAUGGGCAUAAUUACCACAAGGGCAUUGACUGGUAUAUGGAGUUCUUUCCCAUCCCUUCCAACACCACUUCUGACUUCUAUUUUGAGAAGAGUGCCAAUUACUUUGACUCAGAAGUAGCACCAAGGCGGGCUGCCGCACUGCUUUCCAAGGCUAAAAUAAUCACCAUUCUCAUCAACCCGGCAGAUCGGGCUUACUCCUGGUAUCAGCACCAGCGAGCACAUGACGACCCAGUUGCCCUGAAGUACACUUUCCAUGAGGUGAUCACAGCAGGAACUGAGUCCUCACAGAAGCUCCGUACCUUACAGAACCGCUGUCUAGUACCAGGCUGGUAUGCAACCCACAUUGAACGCUGGUUGAAUAAUUUCCAUGCCAACCAGAUUCUUGUCCUGGAUGGCAAGCUGCUACGCACAGAACCAGCCAAAGUGAUGGAAACUGUCCAGAAAUUUCUUGGGGUAACAAACAUCAUAGACUACCACAAAACUCUGGCGUUUGAUCCAAAGAAAGGAUUCUGGUGCCAACUACUGGAGGGAGGGAAAACUAAGUGCUUGGGGAAAAGUAAAGGAAGGAAAUAUCCAGAGAUGGAUUUAGAUUCAAGAGCGUUCCUAAGGGACUAUUACCGGGACCACAACAUAGAGCUAUCCAAGCUACUGUACAAAAUGGGCCAGACACUGCCAACUUGGCUGCGGGAGGAACUUCAGAACACUAGAUAGCCACUUCAUAUUUCCUGUAUUGAGCAAUAGUAGAAUGAGUCCACGGGGAGAAUCUCAAACCUGAAUGUCGAGUCGAAGUGACAUGGUCGGGUGUGAGAUGUACAACCCGGGAACAAGAAUUUUGAGCAAUAUCCAUUCAAGGUCUUCAGGGGAAAUGGGAAAAGGCCCAUACAGUUGAGAUUCUGGCUGUGCCCCUGAGAUCCCUUCCGGUUUCCCCAGGAGCUACACUUUACGGAUGGUGUCAAGGUUGCCUCCCAGUUUGUGUUACCACAUCCUGCUGAAGAGGAUUCCCAGAGGAUCUGCUAUCUCCUCCCCAUUUCCCCAGUUCCCUCUUCUGAAAUAGUAUUACAGCAAGUGACUCCACUCAUCGGAUGGUGGAAAACGAGGGAACAAAGAACUCACCGGGGGCCAGUUUGGAAUUAGCUGCUGUGCCUUGUGAGUUAAGAGGAGAGCGACGACGUGCGUUGGAUGACGUCUGAGCCAGAUGAGGACCCUGCUUCAAAUAAGGACCCAGCUAUGCAGUUUGGGCUCAGACCCAGACUGGACUGAGGCAGUAUAAUAACUGAGUAGAAUUCUUAGCUGAAAGAGGUGUCUUUUGUUUUAUACAAGAUGAUAUUGAAAGACGUUGGCGCUGGCAAUAUUUAGGUUAUCCCAGAUGGAUUUGUUCUUUUCCAUCUUUUUAUUUUGGGGUUGGGUGGGGAUGGAGAUCAGGAAUAACGAUGAGGAACGCACACUCACCUGACAGACUAUGUGGCAAGAGGCUUGUCUGUCCCACCAACCACUCCUGCCUGCAGUCACAGUUUUUUUUUAAAAAAUGUGAGUGGUAUUUUCUGUGGUAAAAGACUGAGGCCCAUCCAGUAUUUUUGCUGCCUUUUAGCAUAUGACCUCAAAAAAGCAACGUAAUCAGGGUGGCAGCGGCAGUGGGUGGGGGAGAUGUGUAGGCAUUGGACUAAUGGCUGCCAAAAGGUUAAGAACACUGAACCUCUUGAGAACGAAAAGAUAUACAGUAUUUUAAUACUUUCCUUUGUGAUCGCUUUUUUGGAUGCCCAUAGUUUGUAUUUCGGAUUCUGGGGUUUGGUUUUGUCCCUUUUGGUGUUGGAGGCGGGUGGGGAGGGGUAAGAUGGCCUAUAGAUUUUGGUGGUCUCCCUGAUAUUUGCAUUUUAAAAGAACUUUUAAAGGAUUGAUAUGUUGUUGCCCCAGUUCCAUGGACUUUGCUUUUUUGGUAUUUUCCAUCAGGGCCCCUUCUUGACUGAAUGACAAGCUCUGCUAACUAGUUGGCCUUUUCAGUUUGCCAAGUAUGUGCAUAUAUAACAAAUUGGCAGACAGGCUGCUGUUGGUAAGUUGUCCAGCUAUAUUUGCAGUUGGCCCAUUUCCUCUCUCUGCCUCAUUUUGGCCAAAGUGACAUUUAAAGCAAAAUCACAAGGGAUUUUGUCACUUGGCUUAUCCUGUCUAAUACAGUUAUUUGUUGGAGGCAUUUAUAAAGAAGGAAUGAAAGACUUGCAGUUCAAACAAAGCUGAGAAAGUUGCAUUAGGAAAGAAAGGAGAGGAUUGACUUUUUUAAAACACAGUUCAUAGGUUGGCUUAAAGAACUAGAAAUGUAGGUACUCUGUCAUCCGUCAGAUCCAAUCCCAGCCAAUUCUGGCAAAUAAUAGCAGCCACCUUGGUCAUGAAGCCCAAUAGAAGGAGCUUAUAGACCAGGCAGUUUUCGUGCCCCUGGACAGUUCAAUAGCGAGACUCUGAGUUCAGAUGGUUUCUUUAUUAUGAAACAGCUUCAGAAAUACGCAUUUAGACUUCUAUUGCCAGAACUAAAGCAUAAGCAACAAAGUGCCCUCCAUUAUAUCCCAUGUCACACCCACCCCCCACCCCCAUGCCUGCCUACCAGUUUCCAAGGCGGGAUGGCACCCAACCAAUCCCAUGUUGCAGAGAUAAUGUAGCCUUCCCCGGGGUCGAAACCUACAUUCCACAGUACUCCCAAGAACUGCAAGUGUCCAGUGAGCUGCUAAGGCAUUGCCUGGGAAGCAAAAGUGCAGGGAGUGAGAAAGUACAACCACAGUAACGAAGAGGGAGGGGAAAAAGAGGAAUUCAGAAGAUUCCACAUUUUGACCGGAAGGCACUGCAGGACCAAAAUUAAAAUGGGCUGAUCAUGACAUACUGCUUCCCUAAUGAUAACCUAGGAGCCAACAGGACGGUGAGGAUAUUUACAGUGGAACUCAGACAUCAAACGAGGGGCUUGAACUUUAGCAGCAUCAACCCACUCAUUCAAAACAAUCAAAUACUGCAAGUGGCUGCGAUACAAACAUGAGUCCACCAUGAGGAUAACCUCAUGGUGCUCCUGCUGAUCAACAAGUAGAGGAGGAUCCACAUCCACUUCUGGGUGCCACCAGUUGGCAGGAGAUGCCUAUUUCAGGAGGCUGGAAUGAAACACAGGGUGCAUACUCCUAUACGUUUUAGGCAAUGUCACAUCUACAGUCACCUCAUUAAUGACACCCACAAUUUUGAAAGGUCCCAAAUAUCGAUGACCCAGCUUGUGGCUGGAUUGAACACAACAUAGAUUCCUAGUGAAGAUAUACACAGAAUCCCCCACCUCAAAACGUACAUCUUUGCAUUUCUCAUCAGCCUGGCAUUUAUAUGUCUCUAGCUUUACUCAAGGCUUUAUGGAUGUGGGCCCAUGAUCCCUGAAUAUUCCCCAACCAGACCAGAAGGUUCUUUGGGCCCUCCCCCUCCAUGAAAGGCAAUGGCUUUCCCUCAUGUCCAUAGACCACUUAGAAAGAUGAUUGGCCAGUACUUUGAUGAACAGCAAUACUGUAAGCAUAUUCAGUAAAUGGAGGAAGUCAUCCAGUUGUCCUGAUGGUAGUUGAUGUAACAGUGUAAGUACUGCUUAAGUACCUGGUUCACUCUCUCUGACUGCCCAUCACUAUCUGGAUAACGGCUGUUCUACCCCCCAAUAAUUUGAAAAUGCAAUGUCAAAAUUUAGUCAUCAGCUGAGCCCCUGUGUCUGAGAUUAUUUUGUUUGGGGCUGAAUGUAAUCUGUAAAUAUAUCUCACAAAUAACUUGGCCAGUCUUUCUGCAUGGGAAGUUGUUUGGAAAUGGUAUCCAGAUUCCUGACUUCCUGUGGCUAGGAGGAAGAUCCGUAAUGAAAUCCAUAGCAAUUACUGCCCAAGGUCUCUGAGGAGCCUCCAACGGUUUGAGCAGCCCCUGGGAUUUCCCCUGCAUACGCUUCACCAUUGCACAGAAAGGAUACCCCCAAACAUAAGCCUCAGCAUCUUUUCAAAGAGAUUUCCACCCAGACUGUCUGCGGAUCAAAUGCUAACUUUUAACAAAUCCAGAUUGUCCAGCAGAUUUUGAGUCAUGCCAAACCUAAACCACCUGUUUGAGGAGGGUUUCAGGAACAUAGAUGCAGAACUCCAACCACAACAGACCAUCCUUCUCAACCAGUCAUGCCUUGAACAAUUCAGCCUCCUUAUUACCCUGGAGAGCGUCAUGAAUUAGUUGGAGCAGGGGUCCAUCAACCUCAACCAUCUGUUGGAAGACGAUUGGAUGCUUCAAAUUCAGCAGCUGCAACCCCAGUCCAGCAGCUACUGCCAGGUUAAUCAGACAGUGCCCACACCCAGACUCUACUGUGGCCUGCAGAAUCACACAAGUCUCUUUGUAAACUCCGUAAGUUUAACUUGAACAAUAAGGGUCCAUUCACCUGUGCUCCAGCACUGUGCUUUCUGACCUGGCCUCCAGUGCCAUCUAGGCAAGAUUGGUCCCAUUUCCCUAUAACCAUGAGGCAGUGGCCUCUUCAUCUGUCAGAUCCUUGGCUGAGGUCUCACUCUGCAGUGCGGAGUCGGGUGCAGCAGUUCCCAGGCCUGGCUGAGAUGCAAGUAUAUAACUUUGAUUGGUUGACUUGGGCGGCUUUUUCUUCUUUCUCACCCCAUUGCUGGUCAGCACCAAGGGCCAGGACCCAAGCUGGGGACAGAAAGCAAUACUAUGUCCUCCCCCCCCCCCCCCCGUAGACACAACCCCAGGUAGUGGCAGUCAUGCUGUGUCUCCUCUCUGGCCUUUGCAUCUCUCACCUUCCCUUUCACUGGGAUCCCUACGCAGCUAUAGCAGUUAGGGGUCCCUUGACAGUGAUUGGAUUGCUGCAUAACCCUAACUCUUCCCCAUCAACCACCAGGUAGAUCCAUCCCAUGAUCGUCCUGGGGUUCCCCUGCACCAGUGACAAUUGCACUGUUGCUUCCAGCCCGUCCAUAAAGAGAUUCACUAAGGUAGCUUCAGGCCAUAUAUGGAUAUGAAUGGCCAAAUGCCAGAACUCAGAGGCAUACUCAACAACGGAUCAGGUCCUUUGUUACAGGCGCUGCAGCUGUGCACAGGCUUUAUCCUCCUGGAAUGAAUCCUCAAAAUUAUCAUGCAGGGGGAGCAUAGAAAGAUCAGAGUGCUCCAACUUGGCUGCACCUACCUCAAAAAGCUCCACAAACCAUGCAGCAGCUUCUUCCAUCAGGGUGCAUACAUAGUGCAUGUAACUUUCCUUCAGUGGCUCCGUUGAAGGAGGCUUUUGAGACCACCCCCACUGAGACCACCCCCAUUGCUCUGCUACUGGAGCUGGGGGUGGUCUCACAGGUGGAGCAGGAACUGACGGCACAGGGACUCCAGGCAGCAGACCAGAAACUGGUUGCACAGGUGACCUGGGCCAACCUCCUGGAGGGCCUGGUGUGAGGGGUUGAACCUGCAGAACUUCCAACUGCUGGCCCAUCUCUCUGAAACCUCGCUGCAUUUUGGCCAUCUCCUUUCUGAGGAUCUCAUUUUUCAGCCUCUAAAUGGCAGAGAUCCUGAUCUAAAACAGUUGACUGGUGGGACUCUGAACUUAGUGACAGAGGUGUAGCUAUGAGGGGAAGGGGUGUGCGUCACACACUGGGUACGCGCCAUUGGGGGCGGGAAAUUGCCCUGCCCCCUUCUCCCCGCCUCGCCAGGCCUGGCCCCGCCCCACCAGCCUUGCCCGUUUUCAGCAGGCAGAAAAAUGUAUGUGGGGGUGGGGCUUGGGUGCCAUUUUGCCCCAGGCACCAUUCCCCCCCCCUAUGGCCCUGCUCAGUGAGUUCAGCUUCAUUCCAUGAUGUGCCCUCCUGAUAGUGCCUCGAUGGAGCAUGCAGCCACAAGGCCCAUGCUGGGUUGGAUGGCAUUACAAAAAUGCUGAGCCAUGGAUGAUGGCUCAGAUCCACAUCGCCAGGUCUUGUGGAGGGUAGGGACCACCCUUGUCUCCAUUCCGGCAUCUGGUUUGGAAAGAUUGGAAGAUUUCCCUCCCUCCGCAUCCUGGGGCUGCUUGGCCUGCUCUUCUGUUGGUAGUGGAGUGGUUCCCCCAUCUGCAGUGGGACUGCUGGCCAUGGCUGUCACCCAGACCAUGUACUCUUGCAGGAUGGGCUCUGAGCAGUUUGAUCCUGCCAGGAGACAUAGCAGGAUCAAACUCAAAAUGGGCUGCUCAUGCCAGCCCUGACAACUUCAACACAGUAAGCUUUUCCCAGUGCCUUGUUUGGUAAUUGAAGGCCACCAAUCAUCUCAUCAGGUUGUUUUCAUGCCUUGCUUGUGGGCACUCUGGAGGCCUUGGUGAACAUUUGGACUUAUCCCACAGCGGUCUUCAGAAGCAAGAAUUUUUCAAAGUAGCAGUUGUUUUGUAAGCCACCCAACAGUCUCCCAUAUGAACACAAGCCUCGCCCUAAACUCAGAGUCUUGUCUUGAAAUAAUUGCAGGUUCUCUUUAUGAGUUCCAUAUUCUUAUCUUGCCUUCUUCCCUCAGUUCACUUAAUGCCCUUAAUUCAGUUUUUGUCAACCAUCUCCAGUCAGUUUGGUUCACAUAAGUAUCUUUCACAUAAGUAUCUUCCUCCUAGAAUGUUCUCCAGGUCACAAAACAUAUGCUGUGGUAAAUACGUUCGUCUUUAAGUUGCCACAAGAUUCCAUUUUGUGUUUGUUUAAACUAACAGGACUUAGUGGAACUAUUAGGGCUCGACAUUUUCUUCCCCUUGACACCAUGCAUGUGUUCCACCUAGUGGUUCAAUCUAGAGUUGCAGAUUUCCUUUCAUUAGUAUUCUCCUUAUUUAAACAUGUUCAAAUAAACAUUGCCCAUAAAGAGUAGGAUAUAAUAUGGUAGAAAAGUUAAUGUGAAUUGAAAGGUGGUGGUGGGGCAAUACCUUCUAAAAUAAAUUAAAUACAGUGUUUGCAUGCAGCUUUCCGUAGCAGUAAGUUCUCAGUAAUUGGAAGAAAAUAAUCAGUCAGUGAAGAAAUCCGCCCUUCCCAGGUAAUCUUGCCUAGACUCGUAUAUCUCCUUUCAGAUGGGAGCAGCCCAGAAGAAAAUGCAGACUGUGGUCUAUUACACAGUGUGCUUCCUGCGUGAUGGGGACAAAUGCCCGUCAUGGCAAGGUUUCUUGUAUGGAUCUGUUUCCCCACUUUCACUGUCCAUUCUCUCCAUGGAAAACAAGACCAUUUUUAGGAUUAUUUUUAAUUUGCUUCUUAGCUAGAUUAGGGAGUGAAUACAACUUUGCCCCAGAGAUCUUCCCUUCUCCCACAGCCAGACUUCCCUCUUCCUCGUGUCACUUUGCACACUUCCCCCCUCACCUCCCUUCCUUGUUGCUGACUGCCUCAACAGAAAAGAAGCUCACUCAUACAACACCGACCUCUAAUUCUCUUGAUAUUUCAAGAUACUGAUGUAAAGAGAGUUUGGAAAUAACAAGACUCUGCCUCUGGUGUCAGCAGCACCAGCUGCAGGAAGUGUUGUAUGGAAGGGAGGGGGAGAGUGUAUCUGCUCUAGGACAGCCCCCUUCUUUAUCAGCCUGUGGUCCAAGGAAUUGCUUUGCCACUUUCAUUGGGGGGGGGGGAUUACUUUUGGAACAGUAAUAUUAAGUGCAGCUUAAAGGGCUAAGUCAGCAGUCUUGACUACUGGAUGUAAUGAGGUCUGUGCCUAAGAAUCAUUUGAUGGGUGGAGUUAAGAGAACCAGGCCUGGAGAGCUUUCUGCAGAAAAACUCCAGGGAAAGGAGGGAGUGCCUCCUUGUGUAUAAACAGAGAAACAUGAGGAGAGACCUCUGCAAGCCCACUGCACAGAGAAGAGUUCUGAGAUAAGCUUUCCACGUGUAAUGGGCCACUGUGUCAUUAUAACGUAAGUCCCUUGUGCAUUGUCCAUUUCUUCUCUCCCUACCCUUGUUCAAGAAAGCUCCUUCCUUCUUGAUACCAUCUGCUAGAAUACAGGCAUUAGAGAAAAGAACCCUCUAACUUGCUCAUAGCUUACCUCCUUACUGUGUUGUUCCUGCAGUCACUGUUCUGGUUUUGGAGCUCAACAGAAACAUGAGGGUAGGAGCACAGCAUUUUGGAGGGGUGGUUCUGCAUUUCUCACUUGUACACUCGUUUUGCUGCUUAAUAAUACAUACACAGAGAUUUAUUCUACUUGUUUGAAGUGGCUCCAUGUUUAAAUAUGCACAUUUGUCACAGUCAUGUCUAGUUGACUCUUGAGCACCUGUAUGCAUUCUAAGAACUGAAGUGUUGCAGAAACACAGUGAUUUUGUGUUCACAUUAGAAACAGAUCUGGCAGUUGGAAUUAUGCAAUUAGAGCAACCAUGUAAGCAUUUUGAAUGGGCUCAUUUUUUGACUUCUUUGCUGCUUUGAAAAUGGAUUCCAGCAGUUGUCUUCCUUGCUCUAUUACAGGUUAGUGAUUCUGGGAGUACCAAUUCUAGCAAGCCAUGACUUUAAAGGUAUGACAAGACUGAGCAAGUCAGCUGGUCAAAUGGGGACAGGGCUUGUAACCCUCAAAGAAAUAGGGUCUUGGCUUCUGAGGGGUGGCUGGUUUGGUGUAACUCAGUAUUGAUUUUUCUUUGGAUUUGGGGCAAAAUUAAUACAGAUGAAUACAAAUGGGAUCAUAGCUUUUCAUAGUCUUUGUAAUGCCAUGAAGGGAGCUGACAGCUAUCCUCACAAAAGAGACUUGCUGGGCAUUUUUGUCCUCCACCAAUUAGGCGUUGGUUAAUUGCUGCUCUUAGUCACUAAGAAAAAUCGAUAAGUUACAGAAACAAGAGUUGGCUGUUAAAAUACAGUUGUAGGAAACACUCACCAGCCAACCUCCAAAGAGACAGUGUCAACAAAGAGAGUACAAGCACUGGUACAGAAAAAAAAAUUAGUUUGAAGAUAAUCUGUUGGGAGGGGUUUUUUCCUGCAGUAAUUGUAAAUCUAUGCUUUUUGUUUCUUCAGAAAUAUGGCACUGUUGGUCAUAUUUUGCUUCAGAACCAGUGCUGAAUAGAGGAAAAAAAAUAUGAAUAUACUCUCUGUCAUUCUCAUACGUGCUUAGUCCAUUUACAGACUAAGCCAGCUUCCAGGGUGGUUUAGAAUAAGAACCCCCCCCCCCGCCCCCAUGAAGUUAAUGAAGUUAAUGAGUUGUGCUAGGAGGAGGGAAGUGUUGGGAUGAUGCUGCACGGGUUGACAAUUUUCCUUGGCUUUACUUCUAACCCUAUGAAGAGGGACAGUGUAGUGGCCAGCAUGUUUAGAUGGCUGGAGUGGAGGACUACUAGGCCAUCAGCACCUCCCCCAAUACAUCUGCAAUGGCUACACAGAAAGUGGGCUGUGUUAUUAUAGUUGAGCAAGAAGAAGUUGCGCUCCCUGAAAAAACAAGUCUGAUGCCACAUGACUGUGAUGCUGUAGUUGGAACAUCCAGAGGGCUUGGGAGAAGGUGGUCUAUUAUAAAAAUAUAACAAAUAAAGCAAGCAAUUUUAGGGCGGUGAUGCAUGUGGAAUAUUUUCCCUGACUUUGUCGAUGGAGUGUUCUUUGCAUCUUAAGAAUAGGAGGCUUCAAACACUGACGUCCCAUUCCUGACCUCGAUGUCUCCAUGUGUGCAUUUUUCCCCUCUACUUUCACCAAUGUCAGGCCACCGGUUUAGAUGCUAAACGACAAGAAAAUCAUGGCCUCCUUUAUGUAAGUGGAAAAUGCAUGUGGUGCUCCUCAAGGGACACUUUGGCAGAUGGAUAAUGUUUGGAGGGUAUUGCAGCCAGCAUACAACAGGUCAAUCAUUGUGAACUACUUUCUGUGAGUUCUAACUAGUAAACUGGGAUAGAAGGUUCUUAUAAAUGAGUAACAUAUGCUUGCAUUUACAUCCGAUUGGUAACCAUCUCCAUCUCAUUAGGUUCUGGCAUUUACACUGCUAAAGCAACCCAUGCAAAAGAUCUAAUCUUGGGCAUCUUUUGGAUUUUUAAAAAAGUAAAUAACGGUGUGAUUUUUGCCUGGACUUGGUCUUUCUACUUAUGUGUUUGGUCAUGGGUAGAGUCAUGCUGAAUUAUUCUUUUUGGGUGAGCAAAUCUUGAUGAGAGUUUAUCAAGUUCUGUACUUUAAAAAGAAACACAACACUUGUCCUGGGGUGAGGGGUUCUUAACAAAAGGAGGAGCCUGCUGUUGGUUCCCAUUCUUAUUUUUGCAUGAGAUUUUGUAUGGUUUCCCAAGGGGAAAAGGAAUAUUUUCUUGGUGGGAGGGAGGACUGGGAAGGGACUAUUUUAAGAAACUUUAUUCCCCCCCUCCCUUAUUUUUAAUCUGUACUUGAACUUCCUUUUGGGUUCUGAAAACUGUGUCACUAAUGUUAAGUCUUAUUGAACUAACUGCUAAUAAAAUGGGGUUAUCUGUUUUUAAA